AUGGCGACGAGCGCAGGCCUUGCGAGUAGCGAGCCCGCCGCGGCGCCUGCAGCUGCGCCGGCGUCUGGCGCGCCGCCGCUGAUUCCUUCGCCGUCGCUCGCUGCGGCGUCGCCGUUUUUUCCCAUUUUCCGCCUCGCGCGGCAGGAGCCGGUGGAGGCGUUCAAAGAGGCGUUUGAGCGGACGCUCGAGAAGCAUCGACUGGAGGUCGCGGAGCAGAACGCGGGAGUCCCUGACGGCGACCUGCCGGCGCUGCAGGCGAAGCUGAUUCGCGAGACGCAUUUGCUGGUUGACCCAACAUCGAGGGGAACGCUCUUGUUCGAGGUGGCGCAGCGAGCCAAAGACGAAGAGGCCGUGGCGCUCGCCAAAUUCCUCGUGGACGAGAAGCGCCUCAUCUCGGUCGCGCAGCGAGACCGCAUGCAGCAGACGUGUCUCUUUUACGCGGCGCGCGAAGGACACGUUGCGCUCUGCAGCUUCCUGAUUGAGCGCGGCUGCGACCCGAACGCGACGGACUCGGUCGGACAGACGUGUCUCUUCUACGCUUCGCGCGAAGGCCGCGCCGCCUGCAUCGCGGAGAUCCUCGAGCGAGGCGGGAACCCUAACUUGAUUGACAUCAAUCGCCAGUCCUGCCUCUUCUACGCCGCCCGCGAGAACCGGCUCGACGCGGUGCGUGUGCUGCUGGAAAAGGGCGCCGAUCCCCACGUGAAAGACACGCUGAGAAAAACUGCUUGGCAUUUUGCGAAAGCCAACAAUCACCUCGCCGUCUGCGCGCUCCUGAAGGGCAGCUCCGGCGCGGGCGCCCUGCCUGCGCGAACCUGUAGCAGCGUCUCCUCUCUCUCCUCCUUCUCUUCCUUCUCUGGGGCCGUCCCUGCCUCGCCCAACUCCACCUCCGCCCUCGGCGCCGGCUCGGGGACGCCGCUAAUCGGGCUCGGAGACGCCGACGGCCGCGGGAAGGGCGCUGGCGCUGGAGCCAAAGGAGCCUCUCCUGGCAUGUAUGGCGUCGGCGAUCCCGCGGGGUGCGCGGAGGUCGGUCAGCAGAGGAAGAAAUAUCGUUUACAGUUCCAGCCUCUCCCCGACGAGUGCCCAGAUCUCUGGCUCUUCGCCGGAAACGAAAAACUCACAGAGUUCGAGCGCCUGUUUCCCUCGCUCAGUGUGUGGCGCCGCGAGGAGGCGGACAGCAGUGCAGGCGCCGCGGGACAGGAGCGCCUCUCACAGAAUCACUACGAGUCCAUUCACCUCGCGGUGGUGCAAAACGCUCAGCAGGCGGCGCUGGGCGGCGCGGUCGGCAUGGAUCUGCUGGGCCUGUGGCAAGGCGCCGCGAACGCGCUGCUCUCCGAACUCAGCAAGUACGAGGGCGGGCACAUUUUCGAGAAGCCCGUGGAUCCCAAGACGGCGCCCGGCUACUACGACGUCGUCACGCGUCCGAUGUCCUUCUCCUGUAUCAAGGCGAAAAUCCGGAAGAGCGACUAUACGCAUCCCAUGCAGUUUUUAAAGGAUGUCGAGCAAGUAUUUAUCAACUGCGAGAUCUACAAUCAGCAGGGGUCGUGGGUAUGGAGCAUUGGCAAGAAUAUGCAGAAGUUCUUCACAAAUCAGGUGAUGAUCACGCGCUUCCACGACUACGUCGAGAAGUACAACAAGAUUUACAACGUUUUGGCGCGGUGCGCGAGCGAAAACCAGCGAGCCGCUGCUGCGUCAUCCGGCGCGAGUGCGGAGGCAAAGACUGGGCAGCCCGCGGAGGCCGCGUUGGGCGCGGCGGACGAAGCGAAGCCGAGUGACGUCCCAAGCGCACCGACUGCCGCCAGCGCCGUCAGCGCCGAGGGGGAGAAGUCGGCGGCCUCUGCGGCGGAGUGCGAUGCGGCGGCUGGGGGUGUGGAGGACGUGAAGAAGGAGCGCGGGGGAGAGGCCUCUGCUGCAGCGGCAGCGCAACCGGCGGCGAAGGCAGAGGACGCCGAGAAAAAGGAAGAUGAGGCUAAGAAGCAGGACGACGCCGCCGAAGAAGGCGCGAAGGACAGUGGACGCAAGCGGCAACGAGACGAGGGCGCCGAAAACGGCGAAUAG